AUGGAAUCUCACAAUAUAUCCCAACUCUCAGAAUUCCUUCUCCUGGGAGUCUCAGAAGACCCAGCACUGCAGCCUCUCAUCUUUGGGCUCUUCCUCUCUAUGUACCUGGUCACUGUCAGUGGGAACCUGCUCAUCAUCCUGGCCAUCCUGUCAGACCCCAAACUCCACACGCCCAUGUACUUCUUCCUUGCCAACCUAUCUUCCUAUGAUAUGUGUCUCACCUCCACCAUUGUCCCCAAGAUGCUGGUGAACAUCCAGAUGCAGAAUCAAGCCAUCAGCUAUGCCGGCUGCAUCACACAGUUGUAUUUCUUCUUGCUUUUUGUUGAGUUGGAGAACUUUGUGCUGGCUGUCAUGGCCUAUGAUCGCUUUGUGGCCAUCUGUCACCCCCUGCACUACACGGUCAUCAUGAACCCCCGGCUGUGUGUGCAGCUUGUUUUGGUGUCCUGGGUCAUCAGUUUCCUCCAUGCCUUAUUGCAAAGCUUAAUGGUUUUGCGUCUAUCCUUCUGUGUGCACUUGGAAAUCCCUCACUUUUUCUGUGAACUGAAUCAUGUGGCCCGACUUGCCUGCUCAGACACUUUUCUUAAUGAUGUCAUCACGUAUUUUGUUAUUAUCUUACUGGCAGGAGGUCCCCUGACUGGGAUCUUGUAUUCCUAUUCUAAGAUCGUCUCCUCUAUCCGUAAAAUCUCUUCAGCUCAAGGCAAGUGUAAAGUCUUUUCCACCUGUGCCUCUCACCUCUCAGUUGUCUCAUUGUUUUAUGGCACAGGGCUGGGUGUCUAUAUUAGUUCUACUGCUACCCAAAAUUCACGUGCAAGUGCUAGGGCCUCAGUGAUGUACACCGUGGUCACCCCCAUGCUGAACCCCUUCAUCUAUAGCCUGAGGAACACAGAUGUCAAGAUGGCCUUGAAACGACUCUUUGGGCAGAAACUGUGA